GGCACGUCCUGUACCUCGGAUUGUAGCGUUGCGAGCUGCUGCUAUCGCUAGUUUGAACAAAAUGGCUGCAGAGGCACCACUAACGAAAGCCCACUGAACGGUAGGAAUUAUCAUCGACGAUGUUUUAAUGGAUAUCUUGGAAAUACACCUUCUCCAAAUAUUGGAUUUUGCAAGAAUUUGGUCUCUUGGAUUCCUCUAUUUUCGAGCAUUUCACAGUCGCGUUCUGUAAAACAUUUUUUUGCACUUUUAAAAAUGUCAGCUCAUCAAAGACAAGCCGAGAGAAGAAGCAGGGAACACAAGACCAGAACCAUUUGAUGGAAGAAAAGAAAAAGAGAAAGCAAGAAGAAAAGAAAAAGAAGGAAGCUGCUCAGAAAAAGGUCACUGAACAGAAAACCAAAGUGCCAGAGUCAGCCAAGCCCGGCCCCACCCCUCCUCCUCCCCCCGCCAACCCCAGUGCCACCCCGUCUGUGCCCCCCACCAGCAGCAGUGGCAGUAAUGGCAAGCGCGCCCCCUCCAGUGCCCAGCAGCAGUCCCAGCCCUCGCCCGCCCAACAGCGUUACCCGCCAAGAGAGAUCCCUCCACGCUUCCGCCAGCAGGAGCACAAGCAGCUGCUGAAGAGGGGUCAGCCGCUGCCCCCUGGGACCCUUUCAACUGUACCAGGACGCCCCGAACCUGACGCGUGUCAGAAAUUCUCUGGUGCAUCGCACACAGAGCUGCCCCCACAGAGUGGCCUGGGAGCCCAUUAUGAGAAUCCCCACUGGGGACACCAGCCAGCCAAUCGGAGUGCCACUUCCGCCUCAGCGUCGGUCAAUCACAGUGGCUGGGAUACAGUGAUCAUCGACGAGAGCGACACCGAGGCCUGGCCCUCCAUUUCCCGCAGCAGCCAGAGCCAGGGCCCUGCUGGAGGAUGCCCCUCGGACACUGACCCUGUUGGUCCGGCCAGCAGCAGCAGCAGUAUGAGCAUGGCCACGGGGGCCAACGGCCAGACAGGCCACUUUCCUGCCAACUACCCCAGCAGCAAAGGAACCAGCUCUGGGCCCGGCAGCUCAGCCAAUCACCCCGGGGCAGGCAUGGUCGGCAUGGCCUCCAGCCAAGGAGCAGCCAAUCGGGGCUGGGGAUCUGGUCCCGGUCCCUCCCCCCACGGCCCUCCUCAGUCCUCCUCUGUCGGAGGUGGGGAGGGGAAGAGUGAUGGCCCAAUGGGAGGAGGAGGAGGCAGGGGUUGGGGCUCCUCUUCCUCCACCACCUCCAACUUUAACUUGAACCUGAACCCCAAUGCCAACCCCUCGGCCUGGCCCGUUCUGGGGCACGACGGGGGCGGAGGAGCGGGGGAAAGCAGCUCAGGGGGAGCCAACCCCAAUCAACCCCCUUCUUCUCAACCCCCUCCAAACCUCUGCAACCCGCCAGGCACCUCUCACGCCCAGGGGAACGGCAACAGAGGAGGAACCAUGGUGGGCGGCACAAACGGCAACCUUCCGGUAGGGGGAGGCGACACCUGGGGAGAAUCAUCUGAGCCACACCCAUCCUCGUCCACGAAUGUGUCUUUCAGCUCAGAACCUCAGAACCUUAACACUGACGGACCAAAUCAUACUAGCAAGCAACAGGAGCCCCCUAUCCACAGCGUGUCCGGCUGGAGUGGCCCCUCCGGAGGAAUGGGCUCCCUGGGCCGGCCUCCUCCUGGAGCUUCGCAGCUGGUCAACGGAGAGGAUGGCAGCUCCGUCUGGGGCAACAAUGGAGACUCCAAGUCAGUCGCCUCCUCCGCGGAGCCUUCGGGCUGGGACUCUGGGGCCGGGGGCUGGGGGAGCCAUGGAAGCAGUGGUGGUGGAACCUCUGGAGGCUGGGGAGGCCAGAGCAGCGGAGAUGCCUGGGGGAAGCAGCAUUCUGGCGAGGUCCAGGGGGGCUGGGAUGCCCCCAGCUCUCCUCCCCAGCAGGCCAGCUCCUGGAGCGCCCGAGCCCCUAGCACCACGGUGGUCAGCGAGGGCAGCAGCGAGGGCAUGGACGGAGCGGGACACUCCCGCCGACAGGACCGGUCGUCCAGGGAUGAGCCUGCCUCCCUGCUCCCAGCCCCUGACCUGGACCCCAGGGUGCUGUGCAACACAGGCUGGGGCCAAACCCCCGUCCGCCAGCACACGUCCUGGGACAUGGAGGAGGCGGCACGCACCCAACGAAAGGCAGAUGCUGCCGGGACGGACUCUUGGGGAGGCUCCGUCCCCAACACUCCCACCGAGCCAGCCCAAGGGCCCUCCAACCCCAGCCACGGCCCCCCUCAUCGGGCUGACCCCAAGAGCGAGGGUCCCGGGCCUGGUCCUCAGGCUGCCCCUGGCUGGGGUGGCUCCAUGCCUCCAGCCAGCCAACCCGGCUCUGGCUGGGGCGAGCCACCGAGCAGCAAGAAUCCCCCCAACGGUCCUGGGGGCUGGGGGAACCCCCCACCAGGAGGCCCCGGGUCAGGCCCCAACAUGCCCAAAGCUGGGAACCAGUCCUGGGGAGCUCCAGAGGAGAAGUCCCCAAGCUGGGAUGAUUCCCACGGCAAGGCCCCCAAGCCCCAGGGCUGGGGAGAUGGGCCGAAGCCGCCCCACAGCGGCUGGGGCAACAGCGCUGGAGGAGGGGGCAAUGGAGGAGGAGGAGACUGGAGAGAGCCUGCAGAUGGCAAGAAGAACAGUCCCACCAUCAACCCUCCCUGGGAGGGAGAAGGAGCAGGAGGCUGGAAAGAGAGCAACCGAGGCUGGGGGAAACCUGGUCCGGGGAUGGGGGGAAAUGUUGGUGGAGGCUGGGGAGAGCCAGCGAUGGCCCAGCAGCGCCCAAGUGGCCCUGCCCAAGGAUGGGGCGGCAAGCCCCAGGAGAGCUCCAACGGCAACAGCGGAGGAGUUAGAGGAGGGAGCAUGGGCGGGGCAGGAGGUGGAGAAGGGAGCAUGGGAUCCUGGGGAGGCCCUGGCCCCGUGAAGCCCAGUGUAUCAGGCCGGGAGGGCAACGGGGGAGGAGGGAGCAAGCAGGACCCCUCAGGAGGAGAGCCCACAGGGUGGGAGGAACCUUCCCCACCCUCCAUCCGACGCAAGAUGGAGAUUGAUGACGGCACCUCGGCCUGGGGCGACCCGGGCGCCUACAACAAGACGGUCAACCUCUGGGACAAGAACAACCCUGAGGGAGGAGGGCCACCCCAAGGUAGACCCCCAGGGAACGCCCCCGCAUGCCCCCCUGGAAACAACAACCACCCACCACAUCACCCUCCCCACCAUCCUCACACCUACCACGGCCCCCCACCACCCCUCCAGAGCCAUGGGGGCCACAACCCCCAGGGCCCAGGCCAGAACAGUGGGCCCAUGGACCCAGCCAUGCCUCACCAGACUGCGCCUCCACCACACAGCAGACCACCCCUCAUGGGUCCAGGCUGGGGGGAGCCUUCCAGUGCCCACCCCAAACCAGAGCCCUCCUGGGGGGAGCCUUCUCCCCCUCCGGUCAGCGUGGACAACGGGACCUCCGCCUGGGGGAAACCCACCGGGAGCCAUGGGGGCUGGGGUGUGGGUGACAACAGCCCCGAACCCUACAGACGGGGUAACCCACCCCUUGGAUCUGCACCUUGCAAACCAGCCCCCAAAUCUAUGCAAGACGGCUGGGGUGGCGGCGUAGGUGGCGGUGGGGGGGAGGACAUGGGUUUGUCUGGGGGCCAGUGGGACCCUGACGACGGGGACAUGUGGAGCAGCCAGGCCUCCCAGGAGAGCAACUCCUGGGGCAACAGACCCAGGAAGGGCCCACCCAAGGGGAAGAUUCCGGGCAAGCAGGAGGAAGCCUGGAUCAUGAAUCGCCUGAUCAAGCAGCUGACAGACAUGGGCUUCCCUAGAGAUCCAGCCGAGGAGGCUCUGAAGAGGAACAACAUGAACCUGGACCAGGCCAUGAGUGCUCUGUUGGAGAAGAAGACGGAGCUGGACAGGCGGGGGAUCGGCAUGUCCGACUACAACAACUAUCUGAUCAACAAGGGACCAAUGGGUUGCCGGCCUCCCCUCCACUCCAAAGAGUCCUCCUCAGAUCGCUCCCCUUUCCUCGACAAGGACGGUGUUGGUAGCCUGGUGGAGGACGUCCUCACCUCCUCACCGUUUAUGCCUUGUUCCCCCGGCCCCCUCGGCCUGAAACUCCCCUCCCUGCCCAGCACUGCCCUGCCUCUAUCCAGCCAGGGCCUGGGUGGCCCACAGGGCCUAGCCAUGCAAAACUUGAACAACAGACAGAUGCAGAGUGGAAUGUUGGGCAGUAGCGGUGCAGCACAAGCCCGGGCCAUGCAGCAGCCUCCUCAGCCGUCAGUGCCGCCUCUCGGCUCCCAGCCUAGUCUACGCGCUCAAGUGCCUCAGUUUCUCUCCCCUCAGGUUCAAGCACAGCUCUUACAAUUUGCAGCAAAAAACAUUGGUCUGAAUCCUGCACUUUUAACCUCACCAAUAAACCCUCAACAUAUGACCCUUUUGAACCAACUAUACCAGCUGCAACUGGCGUACCAGCGUUUACAAAUUCAGCAGCAGAUGUUGCAGGCGCAGCGUAAUGUUUCUGCUCCCAUCCGACAGCAAGAGCAGCACGUUGCACGUACAAUCAAUAACAUGCAGCAGCAGAUCCAACAGCACCAGAGACAGCUGGCCCAGGCCCUGCUGAUGAAGCAGCAGCAGCAGCAGACCCUCGGCUCCCUCUCCUCCUCCGGCCUGCACCACGGCCAAGGCAAAUCAGCCCUGGACUUGUUCCCAGGCCACCCCCAGGCUCCGGGCCUACCCGACCUGCAGACCAAAGAGCAGCAGUCGUCCCCCAACUCCUACAGCCCCUACCCUCUCUCUGGACUGAAUCCUAACAUGAAUGUAACCUGCAUAGAGGUGGGAGGCCUGUCCAUGAAGGAGCUUCCCCAGCCCCAGUCUCGCCUCUCCCAGUGGACACACCCCAACUCCAUGGACAGCCUCUCUGGAGGUUCAUCCUCUCUGGAGCCCAACCUGAACAAGCACGGUUCCAACCUGGGCCCCCCUGGGAAGCCCCCCCAAAUGGAGGAUGGGUACAGCCCCUACGGCAUGAUGCCUGGCUCCGAGUCCCCCACCAACCCCCUGGUGCCCCCAGACAGCUGGAGCCAGGGCAAGAGCCCCAACGACAAGAUGGUCAACGGCGCCAACAUCACCUGGCCUCCAGAGUUCUGCCCGGGCGUGCCCUGGAAGGGCCUGCAGAACAUCGACCCGGAGAACGACCCCAACAUGACCCCGGGGAGCGUUCCCAGUGGCCCCACCAUCAACACCAACAUCCAGGACGUCAACCGCUACCUGCAGAGAGACCGCAGCGGAGGUAAAUUGUCGGACAUGAAGUCCACCUGGUCCCCGGGGCCCAUCUCCCACCCCUCCCAGGUCUCUCUGUCCCAUGAGUUGUGGAAGGUCCCCCAGGGGCCCCGCAGUAACACAACCGCCCCCACGCGGCCCCCUCCGGGCCUCACCAACCCCACCAAGCACUCCUCCACCUGGGGAGGCAACUCCCUGGGCCUGGCCCAAGGCUGGAGCAGCUCCUACUCCUCAGCAGCUACCACAUGGAGUACAGACAGCUCCAACAGGACCAGUAGCUGGUUGGUCCUGAGGAACCUCACUCCCCAGAUAGACGGGUCCACCCUGCGGACGCUAUGCAUGCAGCAUGGCCCCCUCAUCACAUUCCACCUCAACCUGACCCAGGGCAACGCAUUGGUGCGCUACAGCUCCAAGGAGGAGGCCGCCAAGGCCCAGAAGUCCCUGCACAUGUGCGUUCUGGGUAACACCACCAUCCUGGCAGAGUUUGCUGGGGAGGAAGAGGUCCAGCGCUUCUUUGCACAGGGCCAGCAGCUAGCCUCAACUACCAGCUGGCAGGCUGACCCAGGCGUCAAUCAGACGCGGAUGGGCGGUUCCGGGCCCAGAUCCUCGCACCCCAUUGGCCAUCCCCACUGGAACUCUGGUGGCGGCAUGGGAGGAGGUGGAGCCAAGACGGGCGGAGACCUGCUGUGGGGGGGCGUGCCCCAGUACUCCAGCCUAUGGGGACCGCCCAGCGGAGAGGAGGGGCGGGUCAUGGGGAGUCCUACUCCAAUCAACACGCUGCUGCCUGGGGACCUGCUGAGCGGGGAGUCCAUGUAGGACCACGUCACAGAGCUCCAUGCUAGAAAAAGGAGGAAUGGAAUACUACACAGGAAUACUACACAGUACUACAUAUAUACAUAUAUACAUGUAU